ACUCAUAAGACUCAAUUGAAUAACUAAAGGAAAGAACCAGAGGUUUGCGUUGAACGGAUUCGAAUGGGACUCUACUGCAUGCACAUCAAGUGGGAAAAGCCGCAAUGCAAAUCCAAUGACGAUUCGAUUGGUGCAAGUAAAAAAUCUGAUGAGAUGAAGCCUUCUUCCACCCAAGUGGAUUCGGUUGUCCAGCCUAAACUUUCAUCAGACAUUGGUCCGACUGGUUUAUUUGGCAGGCCAAUUUGCCAGGAGCAAGCAGAUAAAGUGCCUUUUCAAGUUCCAGCGAGCCAAAAAAAUGGCAGACAGACGCUUCGUGCUGCAAAAUCAUCACUAUUCACAUUCGGAUCACCGUCACCACAAAACUUUUCAUUUGCUGCUGUGGACCCAGUCAGUUCUACCCAGGGAAACGGUGCGAAUGGGACAGCCGAUAAAGUUUUCGGGGCACAUCAUCAGCAGGCUAAAUACUUAGUCGAUUUCGUGAUUGAUGGGCAAUCGUACGUCUUAAAGGCAUCUUUCACCAAGUCUGCUACGAAAAUUGUGGGUUCAUUGGCGCUGUCACAAGUCGAAACCAAGUCGUCAAACGCAUCAGCCGAGGAGGAAUCGAUCGGCGAAGGUGAAAAAGACGAGGUGAACCUCAUCAACGGAAAACCAGAAGAGGAUUCAACUCAUCAUCAACUACCCUCGGCUAUUUGGGCCAAUCUCAAUGGAGUCAUGACAAAAAUUAUCCCUCUGAACAAGUCUUUCAAUUCGGAUCAUCAUUGGGAAUCAGCGAACUUUGACGGCAGCUUCGCUUAUUUUGAACGUCUUUAUUCUGUUGACGAAUGGAAACCGUUGACUUGUCUUCUCUUGAUCGAGUUCGAAACUUUCAGCGGCGGAGAAAAGAACGUCCUCAAACAACUGGCUGAUAUGUAUGUCCAUCAGAAUCACUGCGAUGUCCAGUUCACUUUCAAAGGCGACGAACGUGUUGGCGGUCAUGUUAAUAUCCUGGUGGCUAGGAGUCCCGUGUUUGCCGCAAUGUUUGAGCACGACAUGAAGGAAGCAGCGACUGGUGAGGUUGUUAUUGAUGACGUGCAGCCGGACAUUUUCAAGCAACUACUACACUACAUCUACUGUGGCCGGCUUUUGACAGCGCUGACUGAAGAAGCUACAGCUCAGCCUCUGUUCGUGGCGGCCGAUAAGUACGACAUCAACGACUUGAAAGAAGAAUGCGUUCGUUUCUUGCUUACCUGUGUUCGAGUAGAAAACGCCAUCAAUCUCUUGGUAUGGGCCCAUCUUCACUCGGUCGACGAGCUACAGCAAACAGUCGUCUCUUUCAUGACCUUGCAGGGAAAAGAAGUUUGUCAUUUGAAAGAAUGGGAAGAUCUCACCAAGAACUAUCCGGACCUCUGUGUACUGGUAACUCGACGCAUCAUUGAUCGUAUGAGUCUUUUUAUUUGAUCUCCAAAAGAAUUGCUUAAUAAUUUGUAUUCGUUUCAUGUACCAAUCUGAGGUAAUUAAAUAAAACAGUUCGCGUUGUAUUAAA